CUUUACACAUAAUAAGGUAUAACAAGGCACAGUAAAUUCGUCGUUUCUAUCCGACCAAGGUCGAAGUUGGAGGAAAAACAAACGGAAUUGAUUUGUGACUUCAAGGACGCUACGGGUAUGCUUAUUCAAGUUUUAACUUAACACUUGUUAACUGUUAAGUGCUACCAUAUUUAGGAGUAAGUGAGUAUUUGUUGUAAUAGGUUAAGGGAACUACCAUCACCAAGUCUAAUUUCACUGUCCAUCGAUUCCUAACAACAAUAUACCUGAAGACUGAGCACAAACCUGUUUACGACUGGAAACUUCCCAACCUGUUCGGAAAUCCUAUCGCAGCCAUGUUCGUAGUUCUCUCGGCGUUAAUUGUUGCAUGUUUGGAUCAGAUCGUAUGCUUUGGCGUGGGUCCUGUCACAUCACCUGCUACUUUUCGAAUUGGCUCAAAUGAUUCAAACAUACUAUUGCAAGGCUAUAUAAAUAUAACUUUGGCUUACACAAAGGUUCAAAAACCACCUGUUGUAGUUUCAAUUGAUUCGGCAACUCAGGGAGGAUUUCAAGUUUCGGGUUAUUUCGAAAAGGAGAUAGAAAGUUUGGACUUAUCUUGGAAAACAGAUUGGUCAAACAGUACUUGGAACCUUACAUUUCAAUUCGCCAAGUCUGAAAAUAGUUACAACCUCAGUGGAAUUAGCUUACUUUAUGAACUGGAUGAUUUGCCGGGUUUAAGAUAUGCAUCAAAUAACCGUUCACUAUUUUCCGUUACAAUCGGUUCAUACUAUUCUUGUCAAGCUGAACAGAACAUAGUUUUAAAUCAUUCCACACCGAAUCCUGUAACUGUUAAACUAACUUUGUCUCAGUUGAGAGUUCAAGCAUUCAGACAUGGUUUAGAGCCUGAAUUUAAUGGUAUCAGUAAGUUUUCCUUAAUACUAUAUAAGUUUAUUAUUUAUUGAUGUAAAGGUUUAUUAGCUAUGUACCGUUUGUCGUUUACGAAUAAUGGUCGUUCGGUGGUGAUUCGAUUCACUAUAUUUGUUAUUUAUUAUCUUUAUUUUCAAGCAACAAACAGGGGUUGUUUUUGUUGUUAAAUAAACUUAUGUGCAACACGAUUCAUAGGGUAUAUAACCUAUCAGUAUCUACUUCGGUUAUAUAGACAUGGUAACAAUACUGACAGUUCACUAUAGUUUAUACAUCACAAUUUCCCUUUUAUUUAGGCCUAAUGAUAGUUUGUUAAAGGCCGAUCAUGUAGGACUUCUUUUGAUUUGUUGAAUGUUUUAGGUUUUCGUUCAUGCUUGGGAAGAUUCUAUGUUUUUUAUUACAGCAAAACCUGAGAGUUAUCCAGUAUGCUUUUGGAUUAAUGUUGUCAUCAACUAUAGCAGUUCUAAACCGUACAUUAGUGGAAAAUCAAUUAUAUUUCACUUUAUGGAAGUUAUUGUUUGUGUUUCAGAGUUUUUUCAAAGGAAUCUCGACAGUCCUGAUAAAUAAAUAAGCUUUGACCCGACUAAUGGGGUUCGAGUGGAAAGCCUUUGGUAGGUUGACUAACUUGGGUGAACAUUCAAGGGGCAGACUACCACAAGAUCUCUUUGUCAAGCCUGUUGAAUGCAGCUGUUUAACAGGCGUCCACUAUUGUGUUCGCUGAUUUAAAGUUUCAAGAGUACCGUUUACAUGACUUUCCUUUGAUUUCAAAGUGAAAGGUGGGGAUUCCUCUGUUAUUUCGUAAAAUUUACCGCUAAUGAAUGACUGAUCACCUUUGUCUUUAUCCAGUCUGAUCGCGACCUCAAUCAUUAUCAUCUAAGGAAAGUAAUCACUUGACUGGUACAACGUAUAAUUCAGUUACUGGAUUAAGUACAGUUUCAAAACCUGGUCAUUUGACCAGGACUUCGGACAUUGUCCUUUCUUUACCUCGGGUUGACACAUAAUUCUCACUUAAACAUUCAGGAUUCCAAGUUCGCGCUUGCCUCAUGAUGCAGUUUGAUGAUCUCCGAAGUGUAUGUCCUAUCCACUCACAACGUAUUUUCCUAGUUUCCUCUUCAACUGGGAUUUGGGUUGUUCUCUCCCACAGUAGGCUGUUACUGAUGGUAUCCGGUCAACAAUGGACAUUCAGUAUCUUGAGUAGACAAUUGUCGAUAAAUGCUUGUACUUUCUUGAUGAUGGUUGUAGUGGCUUUGCAAGUUUGAGCUCCGUACUGUAGAACUGACUGUGUUGACGUUCGUAUUGAAGAUUGUGACUUCGAUAUUGGUUGACAGACAGUUGUUUUGAGUUGCAUAUGUUCUUCAAUUGUAAGAAUGCUGUCUUUGGUUUGUCAAUCCUUGGCUUUAUGUCUGGAUGAGAUCCUCCUUAUUCGUCGAUGACGCUGUGUAGGUAGGUACGUGAAAGUUUGCAUAUGUUCCAGAGCUUCUCCAUCAAUUGUGACCAGGUUGGUGUUCUCUGCGUUGUAUUUGAGGAUGUUGCUUUUUCCUUUGUGUAUAUUGAGACCUACUUCUGGAGAGGCUGCUGCUACACUGUUUGUUUUGACCUGCAUUUGUUGGUGUAUGUGUGAGAGGGAGAGAUAGAAGAACCAGGUCAUCUGCAAAGUCCAAACCAUCUAGUUGCAUCCAACAUGUCCACUGUAUUCUGUGCUUCCCCUUAGAUGUGAAGGUAUUCAUAAUCCAGUCAACCAUCAGAAGAAGAAGGAAGGGGAGAGUAGGAGGCCUUGUCUGACUUCGGUCCUCUAUUGCAACGCGUCUGUCAGCUGUCCUCCAUGCACAACUUCUCACUGUAGUCCGUCGUAUGAAUUUCGUAUGAUGUUGACAAUUUUCUCAGGCACACCAUAGUGUCGAAGAAGUUUCCAUGAUAUUCUUUCCAUAUUCCUCAUAAUCAAGGAAGUUGAUGUAUAGUGACGAGUUGCAUUCAGUAGAUUGUCCAACGAUGAUUGGUAGUGUCGCGAUUUGGUUUGUGGAUGACCGAUUCUGACGGAAUCCGUUCUGUUGAUUUCGAAGCUGGACGUCUACUGAAUGUUUCAUCCAGUUCAGCAACACUUGCAAACUUUUCCUGGUGCAAUGCCUCUGUAGUUCUCACAUUUGUUCAGAUCUUUGUUUACGUGGGAAUAUUGUGCCGCCUAUAACCAUUUUGUUGAGUGCACAUAAAUGUGCGAAUCUGUCGCCUUUCUCGUUCCCUUCUCCCAGUCAGUUCAUGUCACCCCAUGAUAUCUUCAUAUCCGAUGUUGUUCAAUCCGACUUUUGAGUUUAGGUCUCCCAUCAAGAUGGUCAGGUCCUUUCCUAAGCACUUCACUACGGUUGAUGGCAGCCUCGUAAAUCUUUAUCGUCAUCUUUUCCAUUAUUGUAGGGUGUAUAACAUUGAUUGUGUCUCCCUCCUUUGUUUUGGAUGAUGCUUUGAUGAUCCUAGAUCCAUGAGAUUGCCACCAAAUAAGUGCAUUUUGUGCUUGUUUGAACAAAAUCGGAGUAACUCCCUGAGUGUAUGGAUCAUUUUAUUCCUCGUGAUCGGAGUACAAAAGCAUCUCUCCCAAACCUAUCCUUUUCUGUCCAAAUUUGGUUCAAUAGGCUUCAUUGAUUGCGAGCACUAUCAGGUUGUGUCUCUUCAUUUCCACAUCUAUUUAAUUGGUCUUCCCAGUGUCCCGGUGUUUAAAUGGAUAUUCAGUCAUGUUAAUUUUUGUGUCAACCAUAUUGCUGAUUAGUGUUUCAUUUUGUCAUAUAAAAUAACUCUGCCGACCAUUUGUUUUAUCGUUUGAUAUCUGUUCAUUUUUAAACUGGAUCAGUUGUUUAGUUUGCGUAAGUAAUCCUCACUUAGCCACCAUUCACAUCAAUUCAGACAAUUGAUUCCACAAUAAAAAAAUCCUAUAAUUCUCCUCCAUUAUAACAAAUUUAAUAACCAUUUCUGUACAUCAUACUAUCCUUGUAUCUCAUAGUACGGUACAUGGUUCUUCAUCUGGCUUCAUUAUUUUAACCUAUUUGAUUUUUAAGUAGCGGAUCGUUUGUGCUUUGAUUUUCGUUUUUGUUUCUUUCAACUAACCAUUGAAUGUUUUUGUUUUCGAAAAUUUUCUUCCAAUUAGUGGUUCAGUGCUUACUCGACUAUCAUUUAGAUAGAGUUGUUCCAAUUGUCAUUGGUAUAUCGUUAGCGGUAAUGAUUAUCGUUGCGCUGAUCGCAUUCAUUAUCACAAGUCGACGUAAUCGGAAUAUCAGUGGAAGCAGUGGCAGUGGUGGCUACCAACAAAUCUGAGUGUAUGAAGAGACCUGACUAUAUAUAUAUAACUAUUAAUAACAAUGGUUUAUGAUCCAACUUGGCCUAUGAUUUGCUAUUUGUAUGCCAUGUGGAAACAAUUUGUUCAUAAUUACUACGAUAAUUAUACCCGUAAUUUUUUCCGGUUCUUAAAAAAUUGAUUACUGAAAUUUUUUGACUACUCCUUGGAGCCCGUUUUAUUUUGUUUAUUUGGAUCUAUCCGUUUUUUCUAAUUGUAUACAUGCUUUAAAUCUCUUAUCAUCAAACACCAAUACGAUAUUACGCUGUUCUUCUGUACUGAAUCUCAUAGAUACAUAAUCGUUAUUUAUUUUGGUUAAUUUACUCAAAAUAAUCUCUUCAAUAUAUAUAUAUAUAUAUAUAUAUAUAUAUAUAUAUAUAUAUAAUUUACCUAAUUUAUUUCAGACAGAAAAGAAAAUAUUUUUCCAGUUUUCCAGUUUUACUGAGUUUUGCAAUUAGCUAAAAUCCUGUUGAAAUUACUUUCUGUAAAGAAUUCUUUCUAUGUUGUAAUGAAUUUGAGAGAACUAACAACAAUAGUCCAACCUUUCUUUCUCUUCUAGUUUCAUUACAUUCUAUAAGAGAAGACAAGUAAUUUUAGGGGAAAAAAUUCUUCAGUCUAUGAAUCUGAAGUUAUGAUUAUCAUAUUUAGUGUUAGGUUUUAACUCUGAGUGUGUCUGUAUGGUCUUUCCCCGAAUGUCCUGCUAUGGCUGAGGGUGGGGAGAGUCCGUCUUCCUCAUCAAAAUGUUCUCACAUGGCCACGCGUAUGCAACAACUGUCAGGAAAGUCCUGCUCACCGCCUUCUCGCGGCAUUACUAUGGCUUACAAAAUUGAGAGGAUAAAAAGUGAAUAUCCGGCAUUUUAACCGGGUUGGUGGAUAUGGAGGAUCCACCUAGGGGAGUUGUAAAACCCUGAUUCCAAACUACUGGUGUUCUCUGAGCUCAGAGAACAAAACUUCAUCAAAAUCAUCCACCUGAGCUACAAGUCUUCUCCACCAUCUCAUAUUCUACUGUAAUCCAACAAUUGAACAAUACAUAUAAUUAUCUGAAGUCAUAGUUAAUUGUAAUAAUUUAAAAUACUGAAAUAAGCAUUGAAUAGAUGUAGAAAGUGUUGUGCAAAAAUGAAAGGUUUCUUAUUUGCUAAGAGCGUUGAUCGAUCAGUUAGGUGUCAGAGAUCGUCUGUAUAGCAGUAUUCAUACAUAGACAUUUAGAUUAUAUAAAUUUUGCACACUAUCAUUGAAUGGAUUCUUAAGGAUUAUAACUGGAUAUUACACUGCAGUCUUAAGUAAUAGGCUGAUAGAAGUAAUGAUUAAACAAAGAAAGUGAAAUCUGGUUUAAGUCAAUUAAUCCCUUUGAUAAAUUUGGUUUGCAGAAGCAUUUGAACUGAAAUAAUUAAACUAUCAGUUAAGUAUUUUAUAAACGUGGUUUAAAAGCUUUACCAUCACCUCAAAGACUGGAGGUCUUGAGUUCGAUCGCUGGUAGAGCAAUGGGAGUCCAAUACUGAGAAGUCACAGACUAGGAAAAACACCUAUCCAGUUAUACUGUAUUUUUAAUGAUAUGAUAAUUGGUAUACCGAAGAGAUAAGCAAGAUACUAAAAUACAACAUAGAAAACAUCAAUCCAUUCAUACUUGAUAGACGAGCUCUGCAAGAGGUGAAAACAUUUACCUACCUGCACAGCAUUAUCGAUAAACAAGGAGGAUCUGAUGCAGAUGUGAACGAACGGAUUAGCAAAGUAAGGGUGGUAUUCCUACAUUUGAAGAAUAUAUCUGGGACUCAAAACAACUGUCAAGACAGUUCUGCUACACGGAGCUGAAACUUCGAAAGCUAUUACAACCAUCAUCGGAGAGGUGCAGUUAUCUAUAAACAGCUUUCUAGACAAUAUUCUCCAGAUCUAUUGACCAGAGACCAUCAUCGAUAAUCGACUGUGGUAAAGAACAGAUCAGGUGUCAUUUGAGUAGUAAAUUAGAAAAAGACGUUGGAGAUGGAUAGGACACACAUUUCAGAACUCAUCGAACUACUUCGCAAAGGAAGUCUUAACAUGUAGUUCUGAUGUAAGAAAGUGAGAAGGUUGACUAAAGAUUAGAUGACAUGAAGAGUGGGAGGGAUAUAUCAAAAACAUGAAUAACACUGGUGGUGAAACUGUGAAAGCGGGAGUAGGAUAUUGUUGUUUGUAGAUUCUUCGUUGGACGCCUAUGUCCUGCGUUUGUAAGUAAGUAAAUAACUGCUAUCGAUUCAUUACAAUAUGAUUUCUCUGUUCUAAUUCAUCAUAGUUUUUCUCAUUUUGUUAUUUGUUGUGUAGUUUUUGACCCAUUAUUAUGAUAAGAUUUUUUUAUGUGUAGUAACUGAAAAUAAAUUAGGACAACGCGAGUUGUUUUGAUUUGAUUUUUCGAACCAUAAUUCAAUAACUUUUUUGUGUGUCAUCCAGUGUUAGGGAAUGAGUAUUAGAUACUAAGUGGUCAAUCAAUCAAUGAUUGACCUCGAUUGUAAUUUCAUUAGUUUAUAAUACAUUUAUUAAAUCAUUAAAUAAUAAUUAUAUAUUUAGCUGAAGGAAUGUUGUGUUGAUUAGUUUAAUUUGUAGGCUGUUUUCUACACAAAUUAGUCUAAGUUGUGAUACUAAUAAAAAACCGAGGAGCACUGAACAACUAUCUUGUCACAAUAUACAACUUGUAAGCAGUGUAGACCUACUAACCCUGUGAGGAUCGAGCCCGGAACCUUCAGGUCUCUUAGCGAACUCCUAAACAUUGAUUUCUAUUGAUACGAUUCCAACUUCAGUGAAUUGGUAAUAUAUGUAUAUAUUUCGAAUGGUAUUGUGAUCGAGAUGCAAUGAAUCCUCCUCUUAUCAAUAAUAAUCGUACUAUUUGUCUUAUCCCUAAGGGUAUUUCUACCAAGUGAAUAAUUCGAAUAACCAGAAUAUUAAACUAAAUAUUAAACUCAAUUUUGACAAAAAGAAUUUCUGAAAGUUUGUUAAUUUCAUGCUAAAACUUUAUAUAUAAAGUUAGUUUGUAUAAUUUUAAAUUAUUACAACAAAUAUUGAAUGAUUUUUCAGAUGAUCAGGUUCUGUGAAGAUUUAAUUGAUCUGUUUGCAUUGAACAGUGAUAUCAUGUGGAGAAUUAGGAAAAGAAUAACAAAUCAGAAAAAAAGGCAUAUAAGUGAAUAAUAUUGUUUUCAAUUAAAUCGACAAUACUGUUUGCUUAUGUGUGUUGUUCUAAUUUUCAAAAUGAAAAUCUUUCAUAUUUUAAGAUAAAUAAUUGUUCUUUACUGAAAUAGUUGAAAAAUAAUUAACCUCAACUUCAUCCAUGAUCGAAUUUAUGACAUAAAGAGAAGUUAUGAAGUUGUUCAAUUUUCUAAGUGUUUACUUUUGUUUUUCAUAACAUUAAUAACAUUCAAAGGCUAUUUUCACUAUUCAUACAAUCUUAAAAAGUAUUAAAAGUCAGAAAGGAUAAAUAUUUCAUUGAAAUUUUGGAUCAAUUAGCAAUGCAAUUCACAGCUUCAAAUUCGAAUGAACUCAGGAUCUUUAAUAAUAUCAAAGACUUUGGUACUAUUCAGUCACUGAAUGGAUGUGCCGUGAUCAAUAAUUUAAACUGAUUCAACUUAAAAUAUAGUGCGGUCUUCAUCCAACGUUACCUGUGAAUCCCUGUUAAAGUCCUCAGAAUGAUUGGAUUAAGAGCUCACUGCUUCCUGGUCAGUGUUUUAUAGCAGGAUUGUUCUCUACGGAUGAUGUUGAUGACCCCAUCCUCGGACCUCCUAAUUUACCUAGUUGUGGGACCGGCAGUAACUCUAGAAGAGCUACAUGCUACAUGGAAAAAGCGAGAUCCUCAAAUACAAGCGAUAAAUUGGAAUCCUGAGUGGAGAAGGGGAAAAGAGGAAGGCCAAAGAAUACACUGAGCCGAGAAUUCGAAGCAGACAUGAAAAUAAUGAAUAGCAGCUGAGAACAACUGGAAAGAAUUGUCCAGAAUCGAGUUUGAUGGAGAAUGCUGGUGUUCGGCCUAUGCUACAACACAAGGAUUAACAGGCGUUAGUAAGAAGUAAGUAAGUAACUUCUUCCUACUUGAACGUCAGGUUAUUUUUCGUGAGGCUUUAAUGUUCUUAGCAAACACAAUAGCUUAAUGGGUGAUACAUUCUGUUUGGAAAACAUAGGUUGUUAUUUCAUGUCUCAGUAUGAAUAUCAACACUGUGAUGCAGACACAUUCAGGUGACGACUCUCAAACACAACAAAAUACUCGUCUUGAAUUCUACUCCUUGAUAUAAUUCAAAUAAAAUAAGUUCCAAUACAUAGGAGAAAUAUUUUACCAAUUGUUAAUUAUUGAAAUACUAUGAUGAUACUUGCUUACAUUAU